AUGUCUGUUCCGUCUUGUGGAGUUCUACAAUACGAACGGACACAUAAGGCAACCGUUCCUAUCUGUUUUGAGGAAGAGCGAAAAUAUAUCUUUGAUUUUGUUAUUGUCUUGUGGGAUCUCAGGCUUGGUCUCUGUUGGCGUGUAUUCGAUACCAAGUUAACUUCAGAGCUUUCGGCGCGUGAUGCCAACUACGCCACCGAAGCACAAAAAUUAUCUUUCGGACAAAGUGCAUUCCAUGCAUUAACAAUGCUUAACGAUAACUUCACGAAAAUUAGUUCACUUGAAUAUAAUCUUGCAAUCGCACUCGAAUCAAUAAAUCGACUUAUGACCAAUCUUGAAGUUCUUCGCGAUUAA